AUGAGUGCCGCAUGCCACAAGUUUAUGGAAAAUGACGUCACAUGUGCAGGACCCAGAAAGGCGGCUGGACGUCAACAGUGGCUGUGCAAAUCCAUGUCGCCGGGACGACUACAAGACGCAGAGCGUGAGAUGGCACCUGGCCAAGGAGCUCGGCUGCUCCGGCUGCACCAAACCCGAAACGUCCUGCUUGGUCACCGAGGACACAAAUACUUGCCCCCCGGGCCGAGCAGCCACCCCGAAUAA